AUGAGCCAGUACCCUGCAGCGGGUGAGCUGGGCACCCCCCGGACUGAGCGGACGUCCGAUGACACCAGACCGGAGAUCACACCCCCACAGCCCACCACCCAGCAGGUUCCUCACACACCCCGAAGCCAAUCCCAACAACCCGCCCAGCAGCCAAUCACAAAAGAGCUUCCACAGGUGGGCGUGGUCCUGGAACAGGAUUCAGUCAGCCUGGCGGUGCCCAAAGACACCACAGACACAGAGCUUGCCACCCCAGGGGCCGUGCAUUUGCCCCCCUGCCCCUCCCGCCUCACACUGAUAGCAACUCUACUGCCCCUCAGCAUCGUGAUCCUCAUCUGCCUCGGCCUCGUGGGGUGCGCAGAGGAAACGAGUGACGGGUGGGGCCGGAUCGUGGGGGGGAGUGCGGCCCCCAGGGGCAGGUGGGGGUGGCAGACCAGCCUGCGCUGGAGGGGCAGACAUGUCUGCGGGGGGGCCAUCCUAACCCAGCGCUGGGUCAUCACCGCUGCACACUGCUUCAUACUCAGCGAGAUGCAGGAGGUGUCAGACUGGGAGGUGGUGGUGGACACCUUGAGCAUGGCGGACAGGGUCGCCGGGCGGCACUACCAGGCCCUGGAGAUGAAACACCACCCGCGAUUUUCAUCGGACAACAACGACUACGACAUGGGCCUCAUCCACACCACCGCCAAGAUAGAGAUGAGAGGUGUACUCUGUCAGAGGUGCGGUGUGGCGGUGUGUUUGCCCAGCUCUGGCGAGUCCUUCCCCCCUGGCUCUCGUUGCUGGGUGACGGGCUGGGGGUACACCCAAGAGGGUGGGUCAGUGUCAGCGGCCCUACGUCAGGCAGAGGUGCAGGUGAUUGGUCAGUCCCAGUGCUCCCAGCCCUCAGUGUACGGAGCCCACCUCACCGCCCGCAUGCUGUGCGCAGGGACGCUGGGGGACAGCGGGGGACCCCUGGUGUGUGAGGCCAGGCCAGGGAGCUGGAGGCUGGCUGGGGUGGUGAGCUGAGAGGGGUGCGGCCGCCCGAAUAAGCCUGGCGUCUACACCAGAGUCACACAGCUUCUUCACUGGCUGCAUCAGCACAUACAGGGACUUGGUUGA